GCAAGAAGGAAAACCAACCAGCACAAGAAGAGAGAGGAAAAGAGCGAAAACGAGAGGAAGUUGUUUGUUGUUGUGUGUGCGCGGGCGAGACGUUGUGUGUGCGUGUGGUGUGCGUGUGGUUUGGCGUUUGCUUUUUUGUCUUCUUCUUCUUCUUGGGGUGAAGAGAGGGGAGCGUGCCCGGGAGCGAUCGUUACGCGUUGCUGUCGUGUUUUUGUCUGCCAACCACAGCAGCCCCGCUUCCUUUCGGCAUCACCACCAUCGGUCGCGCGUGUGGAGAAAGAAGCAAGGGGAGCAGAAGGAGAGAAAAACCACAACAACGACAAGCAAGUUUGCGCAAAAAAACCGGCAAGAAGCAAAGCCGCAAAGGAGCCAGCCAGCCAACUUGGCUUUGAUUGUUGCUCGGGUCUGACUUCCCCGCCUGUCGUCAGACCACGUUGUGAAGGAGCAUCCCAUAUCCAACCAACCAGAUACACAGCAUGUCAAAGACGAAGAUGGACUCCAACGCCACCACGUCGUCUUCCAAGGACAAGAAGGGUUCCUCCUCGCCGCCAGCGGAGCAGACACAAAAGCCAGCGUCUCCCAAUGGCACUGCCAAUGGGCUUGCUGCACCCCACCCAAGUGACACCACUGCACCACCAGCCACAGCGACAGCAGUCACUGCCACGGACAGCAGCAACACCAACAACGCACCGCAGCCGGAACCAGCCAAGCCCGCCGCUCCGCCAUCAACAAAGACAACUGGCACGGCGCAAGGUACGGGCACAGCGCACAUGAACGGCCACACAGCUUCCACCCCUCAUGAGGCUGCACAGCCCAAGUCACAGCCACAACCACACCCACAGCAACAGCAGCAGCCACAGCAGCAGCCACCGCAGCAGGCACAGCAGCAGCAAGCGGGGGCCACCGAAAGCAAACAGGCCAAGCCUGCCCGUGCGGCCAGCAGGGAAGGCCCGCCCUCACCCACAAAGCAGCGAAACACGGCGGCGGACCAGACGCCUGCGCAAGUUGGAAGCACGCCACAACCGCCACCGCAACAAUCUGAACAGCAACAACCACAGCAACCACAGCAGCUACAGCAGCCACAACAGCCACAGCAGUCACAGCAGCCACAGCAACCACAACAAGGACAGCAACAGCAACAGACAGCAACAGGGGCGGCGCGUAAGGAAUCGCAGCAAACCGCAGCUGCGCCUGUAACCAACCCAGCAGAGCGCGAAAAGCGCACCACCCGCCCCAGCAGCACCAGCAGCGGCAACGGCAGCGGCAACGGCAGCGGCAACGGCAGUGCAAUUGCCCCCGCUGCCGGCACCAACGGCGGCACCGCUAAGCAGACAAGUGCCAACGCUUCCGUCGACAAGGCAGAGGCGACGGGCCGUAUCGAGGGCACGUCGCACUACACGGCCACCGACGCGGCGGCGGCUCCGCCUGCCACCGGGCGCAAGUCGCAGCAGGCCGGUGUGGCCAACGCCACGAAUGGAAACGGACAUGCAACCACAACGGCCAAUGCAUCCACCACAUCCACCGCCGCCACCACCACCACCACAGCGAAGCCGCAACAGGCGCAAGCGCCCGCAUCGCAGGCACCCUCUGCCCAGCCGUCCACCCGCCCCUCGGAGAAGUCCACCACAACGGCGGCGUCGGAGCGCGAGAGGGACAGAGACGCCAAAGACAAGGACAGGGAGCGGGACCGCGAGCCAAAGCGCAGCACGGCGUCCCAUGCCCGUGGGCGGCGCAACACGGCAGACGCCAACAUGAAGGCUGCGGCCCGCAAGUCGGCCAAGGCGGUCAAGGCCACGACGGUCGUGGUGCCGGACCAGGACAGCGAUGACGAUGACGAGGCUCCAAAAUACGCCACCCGCACCGUCGGUGGGCCCAGCGACGCCCCAGACAGAUUCGAAUGCUACGAUAAACUGCUUGGCAAAGGCAGCUUCAAGCGCGUGUACAUCGGACACGACCGGCACGAGGGCUGCCAGAUUGCCUGGAACGAAAUCUCGGUCAACUCGAAAGACCUGGAGGCACGCGCAAGCCUGGAGGUGAUGAUCCUGCGGGAGCUCAACUCCAAGUACAUUGUGAAAUACGUGUCCGAUUUUAUGAUGGCAGACACGGACAUCCGCACGCGCGUGGUGAUUACGGAGCUGAUGAUUGACGGCAACCUCAACGCCUACCUCAACAAGAUGUUUUCCGACGGCAACGUCAAGCCCGCUGUUGUCGUCGCCUUCACCUCGCAGAUUAUCGCCGGGCUUGCGCACAUGCACGACCGGCCCAAGCCCAUUGUGCACCGCGACAUCAAGUGCGACAACCUGUUCAUCUCCAGCUCCGACCGCUCGCUGAAGAUUGGCGACAUGGGCCUGGCCACCCCCGAGGAGAAUGCAAAGAAGAAGAGCGGAACUGUGCAGUUUAUGGCGCCAGAGAUGCUCUCGGAGUCGACCACAUAUGACCGCCGCGUCGACAUUUACGCGCUGGGCAUGGUCGUGUACGAGAUGUUUGCCCGCCACUACCCUUACCACAACCUUACGCGCCCGAAAGUGGUGGAGAAGGUGACGGCGCACAAGCGCCCAGACGACUGGGACGCCGUCCUGCCCCAAGGGCCCAUCCGCAACUUUGCCGAGCGCUGCGCAUGCUUUGACCAAGCAAGCAGACCGCUGCAUGUGUCCACGUUGCUUGAGGAUGAGUUUAUGACGCGCGCGUGGAACAAGGAGGUGGUGCCGACGGAGGUUGUGCUGGCGCCGCACAAGUCCCGGCUCAAGCUGGCGGCGGUGCGGCCAGAGGGGCUCGACCUGACGCUGGUGCGGCGGUACGAGAUUUCCCGCUCGAACCAGGACCUGGGCACCGCAGCCAUUGGCCUCGAUGCCGUGGAGCAGCCGGACGUCGCCUUCCAGUGCGGCUGGGGCGAGAAGAGCAUCGACGUCGCACACAGACUGGUUGAGAACCAGCACAUGCGGCGCUCGGACGAGACGCUGGUUGCCGCUGCCAUUGACCGCUGCCGUGACAUUAUCCGCCCACAGUACGACGAGAACACGCAGGGCGCCUUUGCCUACAACGAGAAGCUCGACAGACGCGGCGUGCCGGCCAGCCACGAGAAGAAGGCCGCCCGCGCCGCAGCAAAGCAGCAGGCAGCUGUCAAGUCCUCCAGCAAGGCGCAGGGGCUGGGCAAGCUGAGCAAGGCGGCCAAGAGCGCGGCGGCGGCAACGGGCGGGGUCGCAGACGGCCUGUCGUCCUCUGUCGACGAUGCGAUUAAGGAGGUGGUGCAGAAGUGCAGCCCGGAGACGGCGCAUGUGCUCAGGCGCCUGCAGACAAAGGCGGCAAAGCACGACGCAGACAUCGAAGACCUCGAGGCACGCGUGUCCCGCUCGCAAAACCCAGACAUCCUCACGGCGUACCACCGCGCAAAGCGGCGCUACGCGGACGACCUGUCCCGCACGCGCCGCGAGUACCACCGGUACCUGCGCGCCCUCGAGAAGAACCAGAUCCCCCACUUUUUGUCGCAGUCCGCUGGCGAAAUGCACCGCCUCAUGCGCGCGAACCCAGCGCUGGAGGACGCCAUGAUGGCCCUUGUUGAUGCCGCACGGAGCUCAACAGUGCCUAGCACAGCCGGCUCAACCAGCAAGCGGCAGUACCACCAUUACGCAAGCGAGUCGCAGGCAGGCUCAGUUGCUCAAGGUGCCGGUGGUGGUCGGUCGCGGCAGCGUGGCGGUGGUGGCGGCGGUGGUGGUGGUGAGUCAUCACGCCUUGCCUCCACGCGCGGCCCUGCACCCUCUGCUGCGCCGCAGCAGCAGCAGCAGCAGCAGCAGCAGCAACAACAACAACAACAACAACAACAACAACAACAACAACAACAACAACAACAACAACAACAACAACAACAACAACAACAACAACCGCAGCAGGCUGCGCAAGCACAAGGAGCGGGGGCAGCUCAGCAGCCGCCACAACAGCCGCCUCAGCCAGCGCAGCAGGCGCAAGGUGCAAGCACAGCGCAGCAGGCGCAGCCCGUGGCGACCCACCAGACUGUGCAGCCUUCCCAGCAGCAGCAGCAACAACAACAACAACAACAAUCACAACCGCGCCAAGCGGCUGCGCAAGCGCCUCAGCAGCAGCAAGCGAGUGAUGCGCCGGUUGCUGUGCAACGCUCGAGACAGUCACUCCCACAGGCGGUGUCCUCACAACCGCAGCAGCAGCAGCAGCAGCAGCAGCCACAGGCAGUGCAGCCGCAGGCCCCGAUCCAAUCACAGGCUUCGUUGCAAUCGCAGCCCUCGCUGCAAUCUCAGCCUUCGCUCCAGUCGCAGCCCUCCAUCCAACAACAGCAACCGCACCAACCCCAACAGCACCAACAGCAACGGCAACAACAGCAACAGCAGCAGCAGCAGCCGCCGCCCACCUUGUUGCAACAGUAUCAGCAUCCGGUCCCCCCUUAUGCACCAACACCAUUGCAAGCCCAGCGCUUGCAGGCAUCACAGUCGCUGGCGUAUCCGCAAAUGCUGCACCUGACACCGCAGCAGCAGUAUCAAAUGCUGCACCCGUUUUCGUCGACUCCUGCCAUGCUGACCAACUCGCAGCUCGAGCAGGUGCUCCAGCAACAGCAGCUGCAACAACAACUGCACCAACAACAGCAGCAGCACCUCCAGCAGCAGCAGCAACAGCAGCAGCAGCAGCAACCGCACUCCCAGCCGUCCCAGCAGCAACAUCAGCAGCCGCAGCCCCAAUAUGGCAUUGUGUUCAACCCCGCCAUGGCUGCCCAAUCAGGCGCCCCGGGGUUCUUUGCGCCAACUGCAGGCCAAGGCACCGCUGGCGGCAUUCGCUCGUCCGGCAGCACAACGCCACAGGUCUCCGUAACACCGGCUCUGUCUACGCCAGCCUCGCAGCAGCAGCACCAGCUGUUCGUUCAGCUUCCCACGCACCAGCAGCAGCAGCCACAACCACAGCAGCCACAGCCACAGCAGCAGCAGCAGCAGCAGCAACAUGGUCUCGGUGGCCCGCGCAGCCUCUCACUGCCUGCUGGGACUGUUGCAUCUGUUGCGUCGGCGGUACCUGGUACCCGCGCACAGGGGUGGGGUGCCCAGCAGCAGCAUCAGCAACAGCAGCAACAACAGGCACAGCAGCAGCAUUUGGGGGUGCCUGGCGCAGCCCACAGCUUCCCAACGACACCGACUGCCACAACUGCGCCCGUGUUCUGGGGUGUUGUGCCUGGUGUGCCGAGCAGCAGCGGGGUGUUGGCCUCGAUGGCGCCCGUGGUGUCGCAGCCGCAGGUGCUGUCCCGCCGUGAGAGCCGCGACCACACGCCCGCAACCAUGGCAGCGGCAGCACACACGCCGCACAGCAAGAAGCAGCAGCAGCAGCAGCAGCAGCAGCAGCAGCAGCAGCAGCAGCAACACCAGUCACAGCCACAUUCACAGCCACAUUCACAGUCACAGUCACAGCAACCACAACAACAGCCUCAGCAACAACAGUUGCAAGCAGCGCAACAGCAGCACCAGCAGCAGCAGCAACAGCAGCAGCAUGCACUCCAGGCACCGGCUCCACAACACCCCCAACCGCAGGCGUCCGCGCCCCAGCAGCAGGCGCAGAUGCCUCGUUGCCAGGAGCAGCCGUUACAGCAUCCACACGUGCAGCGGGCCGUGAGCGUAUCGCGGGAACACCAGUCACAGCAGCAACGAAACAGCGACCAGCACAACAGCACCUCCUCAGAGCCCGCUGUUCUGCCCAGUGGCGGCACGACCACAACCACCAACAUGAAGGCACAGCCAGUCACCGUCUUUGACGAAGGCCCAACCACCGUGUGA